AUGACCAAUAGAAUUGAGAAGGCGGACAAAUAUAGAAAAAUACAACAUAUCAAGAUUCAUCAUCAACAUUCAUCGGAAUUUAGUAAAAAUCUUCAACCUGUAUUUACACAGCAUGGUAAAGAUCACCGUUACCUGUUGCAAGAUGUGUCGAAAGUCAAGAACCAGGUUUUGCUUCAACUAAAUGGGAACAUCAAUAAUAUGGAAAGUAAAAAUCUAAAGGAUUGUUACCAAAAUCUAUAUAAUGUCUUAUUAAAGAGCGUAAAGGAUAAGGAAAGACAUUCUUUGUUAAUAGUGGGACCAAGAGCAAGCGGGAAGACAUCAAUUAUGAAAAAAGUUUUAUUGGAAUUAAACCAAUCAUUUGGCGAUGAAUUUCUAGCGAUCCAGUUAAGUGCAUCGGCUCACACAGAUGAUAAUGCUGCUCUCAGAGAGAUUGCUAAACAAUUGGAUUCUAAAUUGCUGGCGGAGCCUGGAAACCCCAUCAUAGAAUCUAAAUCAAUUAAUGAAACAUUCACAAAUAUUUUAAGAGUUUUGAAUAACGAUCGACAUCAAGAGGAAGUCGAUAAGAAUUGGAUGCCGUUGAUUUUUGUCAUUGACGAAUUUGAAAAGUUCACAUCAGACAACAAACAAACAUUAUUAUACAACUUGCUUGAUAUGUCCCAAUCAAGUACAGUGCCAGUCACAAUCGUGGGUUUAACCACAAAGAUUAAUGCAAAAGAUUAUUUGGAGAAGAGAGUAAGUAGCAGAUUCUCUCAACGAGUUUUAACAAUUGAACCUUUCACAGAUUUUACGAAGUUUUUUCAGAAUUAUAUUUCAAAUCUUAAAUUGGAUGACAAUUUCAUCAAAAAUUUGGAGUCCCAAGAGUACGGAGUAGCUUGGAAUUUGAGUUUACUUGACGAAAACACUUGUUUAAGGCGAUAUAGCUUUAAUAACUUUAACUCCAUCAGAAAUUUUCGGGAGAUUAACAAUUAUUGCAAAAUUUUGGUUUCAAAAUUAACUCAAGAUGAUCCGUUCUUACCAAAUACAAAUCUCACGAUUUGCAUGAAUCAUAAUCGCUCUGGAUUCGUGCAAUCAGCAAUAAAUUCAUUAUCAGAGUCUGAACUAAUAUUGGUAAUUUCCGCUGCUAGGUGGUUAACAAAAUUUGAGGGGGAAACAGUUAACUUUAAUUUGGCACAUUCAGAAUACAAAACUUGUUUUAAAAAGCUAAAUGAAAAUACUAAUACAAUAUCUUCUUUCAAUAACGUUAAAAUCAAACAGAGAGAGUUGUCAAAAAAAAUUCUUAGAACUAGUUGGGAAUCAUUACAUCAGCUUAAUAUUAUUAUUGGUCCAAUCGUAUCAUACACAGGAGAGGAUGUUGACAAAAGAUCUAGUAACAAUACAGUGCUCGAGGAAAAUCUGAUGGUUUUGCUCAAUGUAACUCUUGAUGAAUUAUUAGUUUUGAUUGACGAUGAUAAUAAGUUUAAAACUUUUGUAAGAAUAUAG